AUGGUGUCUGUCAGGAUGCAGCCGUGUUUGUUGACAGUUUUACUUCUGAAUUGUUUCUGUUGUUUCGUCUCUUCUUUGUAUUUUCGCCUCAGAGACGCGGAGGUGAAAUGUUUCAGAGAGGAAAUCCCGGACGAGACGCUGCUUCUCGGUAACUAUCGGACUCAGGUGUACGAUCAGCAGAGGGCCGAGUCCCUGCCGGCCCCUCGGGACCUCAGGAUACUCGUCGUAGCCAAAGAUCCUGAUGACAAGCUGGUUCUGUCUCGGACGUUUGGCUCAGAGGGAAGGUUCAAGUUCACAUCACGUAAACCAGGAGGACACCAGAUCUGCCUGCAGCCCAUCUCCUCGACACUGCCCCUGUCUGCUGGAGGCGUGCUGACGGUUCACCUGGAUAUAAAAGUGGGCGAAGGCACCAACAACUACACUAAGAUCGCUGCCGAACACAAACUGACGGAGCUGCAGCUGAGAAUCCGACAGCUGACCGAGCAGGUGGACCAGAUCCAGAAGGAGCAGAACUACCAGAGGUUCAGGGAGAAGUAUUUCCAAGACGUCAGCCACAGCACCAACAUGUGGAUCUUCUGGUGGCCCGUCGUCCGCUCUCUCUACGUGGUGGCCAUCAUCACCUGGCACACAAAGUCCUGGUGAGCUCUCGAUGUCUCUUCUUCAGUACACUUUGGAUCUACAGAAAAGAACGUAAAAGGACAAAUACAGUAUGAACUUGAAUAUUGCAGAUUUGAAACCCUCCCCCACACACACACACACACAUCAGCUGAUCAGGACUGAACCCGGAGCAUGU